AUGUUUUCUGAAGCCAAACCACUCCCUCCCGUCAAGAGAUUCAUCACCACCCAUGACUCCAAUGGAAAUGCCAUCUGGGAUGAAACUAUCCCCAUUCAAGUUGAAGGAAACCGCAGCGGUGGCUUCACGACUCACGUCUCAUAUGUGAACGAGGAUGGCACCAACACUCUGACAGGUGACAACGACCUCAAGUCAUACAGAGAAAAUCCCACCGAGAAGGACAUUGCUCCAGCUUCUGGCUCUGCCCUUCGAGUCGUCGAUUUCUGGCCUGGCUUCCCCGCUAUCAUGCAUCGGACUGCAAGUGUUGACUAUGGCAUAAUCGUUGAGGGCGAGAUUGACUGCAUCCUCGACAAUGGGGCCACAAAGACCUUCAGCAGAGGUGACAUUAUCAUCCAGAGGGGAACUAACCACGCGUGGAAGAACACUGGAACUGAAGUUUGUCGCAUCUGCUUCACCCUUUUACCUUCUCCCCCCGUCAAGAUCCGAGGCAACGAGCUCGAGGUACAUGGCUUCGCUGAUUUUCCGCGGCUCGCAGAAGAAUCGACCGUCUGA